CACAGAAUUGGGCAACACCUGCGGAGUAACCGGAGCGACUUCCUGCUCUGGUUCACCUGGAGUCAGGAGAGAGAAACUGUUGCUGCUCUUCUGCUCUUCGUUUAUUUUACAGGUCAGUCUGCGGCUGAAACCGUCUUGAGGUAAACUUUAAGCUUUGUUUCACUUCUAUGAAGCAGCUACUGAUGAUUUGAGCCGCUUGAGGAGUUUUAUAAAGAACUGUGACGCCCUGCUAGUCUCGCGGGACUUUGUGUCUUUCUCGCGAUGGUGAAUUUGAGCCGAAAAUGUUUAAAACCGAAACGACCAUAUUAAUCAGAUUAUUCAUAUAUAAAUACACUUCAAUCGAACCUGAGUGACUCAUUAUGUGACGUCAUGAGUUGAAUUAACUUUAAAAGCGCAGAAAGCUGCACAGUUUCAGAAGGAUUGAUGUUGUCACGUUAAUAACUUGCUGCGUUACUGCAGUGUUUACAGCCGUAUGAGUUUAUAGCUCCAAAGUGCUGAGUCCAGUUAUAAAUACACAGUAACAGUUUUAAACAGAAGCCUGUCAUUAUGUGUUAUUUACCAGGACUUCACAGAGUUUUCUGGAACAGACUGUAGUUUUGGUUUUGGUUUCUCUUUUUCCAUCAUUUGUUCUGGACAUUUAAAGCUCUGAACGUGUUGUGAGUGAAAAUAAACACAAACUGCUGCUGUGGUUUACUUAUUUCACAGAUGUUCUUUUUUCCAGUUGGACCUGCAACAAGCAGUUAGAGAAUCAGACUGGAACCAGUGAGACACACAGGCAGUAAAAGGCCUCAGAGGUUCAACUGGAAUAAUAUUUAAUAAGGAAGAUUGAAGUUAUAGCCUUGGACUUUAGACCUUUUUAUUCUCAGGGGGAUUUAUUUUCCACAAAGCUGCUCUCACAUCACCAAGAUGACAAUAAGAUAAGAAACCUCUGAGGUCAGGCUGGUUCUGAUCCGGUUCUGACAGAGCUGCUCUCUUCAUCAGCCUGAGUUCAUCCAAUCAGAGCGAAGGAAAGAGGCCAGCAGGUCACCUGGGCCCCUGAUGAAGAGGAGUUUAAUAAAGGAACCACAAACUGGACCAACAGGAAUGAAGCUAUGAGGAAACUGAAGCCUUUCUAAGGACUGAACUGGAUCCAGCAGAACCGGUUCAGCAGAACCUGAAGCAGCCAAUCAGCAGGGAGUCCAGGGCCACUGGCUGGAUCUCUGGAGUCAGAGGAGAGCAGCUGGUGAAAACCUCUCAGUUUGUUCUGGUUUCUGUCUGAGAGGAAGAUGAUGAUGAUGAUGAUGAUGAUGGUCCUCCUGCUCGUUUCCCAGCAUGCCCUGGGUGGGGUGGUAGAGGUCACUGUGGGGUCGCAGUCCGUCCUGCUGCCUUGUCGUUACUCUGGUGUCAUACCGGAAGAGCCAGUCGUCACCUGGACCAAUGGGGACGUUGGUCCCGCCUGCGUCCACCUGAGACGGGAGCAGGACGAUCUGAGGACGCAGCUGGAGCGUUACCGGGGCCGGACGCGCAUGGCGCCCAGGGCGCUGGACUCCGGCGACUUCAGCCUGACCCUGAGUGACCCCCAACCCCCUGACCAAGGUACCUACACCUGCAGCCUGAGCGACGGCAGAGGACACUGCACACUCAGGGUCAGUCAGCUCAGGGUCAGAGAUGACCAGGUGGAGGUGAAGACGGUGGAAGGAGCCGAUUCUGUGGUCCUGCCCUGCAGAAUGCCGCCCGAUCUGCCCGGCGACAGCAGAGUGGAGUGGACCCGCUCAGAACCAGAACCGCUGCUGGUCCACACGCUCCAGAACACGAGCCAACCCGGAACCAGGCAGGACGACCUUUACUGCAGCCGCACCCACAUGGAGCAGGACCUGCUGCGGACCGGCGACCUCAGCCUGACCCUGAGGUUCCCCACCUCCAGGGACAGGGGGCGCUACGUCUGCACCGUGUACCGCGGCGAGGACAUCCUGAGGCGGGCCGUGGUACUGCAGCACGACACAGAGCCGUUCCCCCUGCAGGCUAAAGUUCUGGUGGUUCUCCUGGUUCUCCUGCUUGCAGCUCUCUUUGCCUCUGGCGGUCUUUUCUAUUAUUUUCGACAUUACCUUCUGUCAGGCUACACGGUGAAGGUGGAUGCAGGGGCGGAGUCUGUCCUGCUGCCCUGCAAGUCCAGAGUCCGUCUGCCCGAAGACGCCAAGGUGGACUGGAGGACCAGCACCAACCGGAAGGUUCACGUGUAUCUACAGGGCUGUGAUCGGUCGGAGGAGCAGCACCAGGCUUACCGCGACCGGACCCGGAUAAACCAAGACCCGCUGAAAACCAGAGACCUCAGUCUGACGCUGCAGCGCCCCCUAGAUGUGGACAGGGACACCUACACCUGCAUUGUCUGCAGCAGAGAGGGACACAUCCUGCUGAAAAAGGAUGUGAAGCUUCGUGUCAGAGUCCAACAGGUGGAGGUGGAACCAGGAGUGGAGUCUGUCCUGCUGCCCUGCAGAACCAGAGAGGAUCUGGAUGGAGACGUUAGAGUGGAGUGGAGGGACAGAUUUAACUGGACGGUCCAUGUGCAUCAGAACGGUUCUGAUCAGUCUGAAGAUCAACACUGGCUCUACAGAACCAGAACCAAGAUGGAUGCAAACCUGCUGAGGACUGGAGACCUCAGUCUGACUCUGUCAUGGCCGACUGAUGGAGACAGUAACACCUACACCUGCACCGUCUCCAAAGGGGACGGAGACGUCCUGAUGCAGAAACAAGUCAAGCUUCAGGUCACUGUCUGUCAGGUGGAGGUGGAGGAGGGGGAGGAGUCUGUCCUGCUGCCGUUCAGAACAACACCUGACCUGCCUGGAGACGCUACAGUGGUGUGGGGACGUUUUGAUCCAGAGCCAAAGAUGAUCGUUCACAUGUACUACAGCAGGUCUGACCAGCCUGAUGACCAGGAUGAGUAUUUUAGUACCAGAACCAAGAUGGCUGACGACCUGCUGACGUCUAGAGACCUGAGUCUGACUCUGAGGCGUCCCACAGUGAGAGACAGUGGACGGUAUGAAUCCUGUGUAGAGAGUGGGCAGAUCUGGAGAAAGAAAACCGUUCUGCUCAAAGUCAAAGGGACAGUCCUGGUCCAGGACCAACUGGAGGACAUCAGGACCAGAAGUGGUUCUGUUGAUCCGACUCCUCUCAUGGCUGAAGAAGCUGAUCGACAUAUUGAUCCAUAUUGAUCAUUGACUGUAAAUCCAUCUGACUUUGGAUCAGAGUGAAAUCUCAGGAUCUGCCGGGAUGAAAACUAUUUUUAUCUGCUCAGUCUUGGUGUGCAUCCACACUAGGUUGGUGAGGUGUGAACGCUAACUGACCUCUGACCUCUGGUCCUCCAGACCUCGUCUGGGUUCAGUUUGAAUGUGAAC